GAAUGAGGUGAACUCAUAGGACGUUUUGGCUUGGUGUUCACAAUAAUAUAGUCAGUGGCGAUGUUCAUACUACUCCAAGAUAUGAAAAGAUUGUCAGAGUCAUAACGGAAGUCGCGAAGGGUUCAGCCUCAAGAAAUAUACCCAUGUCUCAAAAUAUGUGGGCAGGCCUAGAACUAGCUUACACUGAUUCGCUUUUGCAGGCAGAAUUGCUUGGAGGCGUGCGGUUGUCAUCAAACACUGCUACUGCCGCUUGCGUGAAAGAACACUCAGUGUCUUGCAGAUGUUAUGCCAUGUGCUCCAUCGGUCGCAUUGUACUAAGACAAGACAAUGAGCCUCAAUCCGGCAUUCAAAAAAAUGAAACACUGCAGCGUGAUGUUUCUUUUGAGCUUGCCGACUUAUGCGUAGCUUGGGCGAGUACUCCUACUAUUGAACAGGACCAUACCAUUAAGAUCCGAGCUGCACGUGGAUCAUUCAUGCAGUCAUCAGCCAGCGCAUCUUCCAACGAAAUCGUUUCGCAGCAUCUCGCCAUAUCUCUUCCAUGCUAUGUGUCAUAUCGUUGGUCAAUCUCACAUGGUGAGUUUUCUAGACCACAGUCGGCCUUCUCACAACCUUUCUUUGUUCGCUGCUGGACCGAGGACCGCGCUUCCCAACAACCCUUGCAAAUCGGAUUUCUACUUUUGAGGCGCAGUCAGUCCCUCUCCCUCGCACUGACGCCCGAGUCACCAUGCCAAGUAGCAAUUGCGACCUCACUCGGCCGCCCGCCCUCAUAGGGGUCGCGCACAAGCAGUGUCAGAACCAGCGCACAGACUGAUACAGCACGAAUUCGCCACAUGCUGGAUCGCAAGCAGGAACCAGCUCGAAAACCUCAUUUCCGUCCCUUUGCCCCAAGAUGAAGACAAGACAAAGGCGCUCCAACGCAACUCUAGCAUCGACAAUCUGGACUUGAGGGCGUAGUACGUAACCCAAACACACGGUUAAGCGCCCGUCAAACCGUUAUCCCAGUGCACUUACCCCUGUCUAUACCCCUGCCCCGCGGCAUGAUUGGCUGAGCUAAGAGCGGGAGGGUAC